CAUCAAUAACCAACGCAAACAGCCUGACGCCAACCCACCCACGACGAUACGCAGACCACCGCCCCCCUUCUCUCGGUUGUUACCGUCGUGGUGUUGUUGACGGGGUGAAGAAAGGGAUCCGUUUGCCACCUCGAGGCACAGACCAGUCGUCACCAUGUCGUCGGUACCGCUGUGGAAGCAGGCGCUGCUGGAGAAUCGCCGCAAGAAACAGGAGCAGCAACAGCAGCAGAAGGAGAUCGAGUCUGGCAGUGCAAGCAUGGCUGCGCUUGCUGCGAAGUACGCCCACCUGCCCGCGUGGAAGCGCGAUCUCCUCAUGAAAAAGGAGGCGCAGGCCGCAGCCCGCGAUCAGCAGAAGCAGAAGAGCUCCUCAAAACAGCAGGAGAAGCGCGGAAUUCCGGCGGCGUGGAAGUUUGCCAUGCAGCAGAGCGGCAGCAAGGCUCCCCCGCCCUUUGCCGCAGAUGGCACAUCCACACCAGCAGCGCCUUCAAAGGCAACGCUUGCCUCUCCUGCCAGUCAUGCCAAUCAAUCGUCUUCUUCUCCCCAAUCAGGUGCCAAGGGCCCCGGGUCUCCAGCCGCAGCGGACGUGCCCAUCACCUCAAGUGUCCGCGAGCGGUUGGCGUUGUUUCGGCAGCGCAGCCAGGAGAGUGUGGACGGUGCACCGUCAUCAUCCUCGCCGGCACCCGCACAAAGCCGAACCAAUGGCCUGGCGACCAAGGCUGCAAGCCCGCGAACUGGUGCCAAGUCCGUCUUGCAGCGGUGGCGCGGGUCCAUGGAUGCAUCAGCAGAGGCAACAGCAACACCGACAGCCAAGACCGCAGCAGCAACGGCAACGGCAGACAGCAAGCCGCAGCCUGCGUCGACACCAACAAGCACUGCCACAGCAACAGACCAGCGUAGUUCCACACCAGCAACACCAUCAUCAUCAUCAUCAUCAUCAUCAUCAUCAUCAACGUCAGCGGCAUCGACGACUGUGUCGAACGAGACACCGCGCAUCAAGUCUGUUGCCGACCGGCUGAAGAUGUUUAGCCAGCAGGUGCAGGCAAAAGAUGCACAGACGCCCCCGGCAGCGGCGAGGGAAGCCAAGGCGGUGGCGCACGUGAGGGCGACAACAGCGGUCCCAGAGACAAAACCAGCCACCACAGCAACAACGACACCAUCAGUCGCUGCAACAACAGCAACAACAGCAACAACAGCACAGCCAGCUACAACCACUACCACACCACCAACAGCAACAGCAGCAACAACAGCAACAACAGCACAGCCAGCUGCAACCACUACCGCACCACCAACAACAACAGCGGCAACAGCAGCAACAGCAGCAGCGUCGUCGCCGAGUGCGGGUCGUAAGGGCGGGAUCUUUGCAAAGGCGGCGCUGUUUGAGGCGAAGACGGAUGCACCAUCAUCAACGACGACAUCGGCAUCGUCGUCGUUAGCAGCACCGGCAUGGGCGGCGCUUCGCAGGGCGAGUAGUGGCAGCGACGCAACGGAGGCAGAUAAGCAACAGAGGGAGCAGAAGAAGAAGAAGAAUGGGGAGGAGGAGGAGGAGGAGGAGAAGCAGCAGCAGCAACAGCAACAACAACAACGACAGGAGGAGCAGAAGCGUGUGGAGGACGUGAGUACUUCCAGGCCGGCAGAAGCAGCGACACCGACGUCAAUUGAUACCACCGCGGCCGCCACCACCACCACUGCGGCGAAGACUGAGACGGGCGCAGAGGCAGAAGAAAUUCGCGGGUUUGAGAGUCCAGAGCGCACGGCGCGCACGUUUGAAUUUGACGGCACAACGAAGCAACAGCAGGAGGAGCGAGAGGUGAAGAUGGGGCAAGUGAGGACGCAAACAGCGGAGACAGAGCCAGUGAAGGAGCCAGUGAAGGAGACAGUGAAGGAGACAGUGAAGGUUGAGACUGGUAUCCAGAAGGAAACGAAAGAGGAAGUGGCUCCGAGUCGGCCGACACCAAUUCCGCUGGCAACAGAUCGCCCCCACGCACACUACCACAUGCAACAAAGAAGCGAUGAGGAGGAGAAGAAGGACAAGGAGCAGCCGCCACAGCAGCAGCAGCAGCAACAGCAACCAGAGGAAGAGGAGGAAGAGGACGAGGAGGACUACAGCAAGUACGACCUGUCGAUGCUGCCCAAGGCUGAGCGCGUGAAGAUCCGAGCGAAAAUCCGCGCUCAAAAGCGGCGACGCGAACAGCGUGCCAAGCAGCAGCAGCAGCAGCAGCAGCAGCAGCAGCAGCAGCAACAGCAGGCCAACGGUGGUGGUGCGGUGGUCGGGGACGGCACAGCCACACCAUCAGCAACGGCAGCGUCGUCAGCUCCAUCUGCAACGGGCGCGAAUGGCAGUGCACCGCCGCCAUCGACAGCGCCGCCAACUGCCAAGAUGUCGCUUGGGGGCGCGGUCGAAUCAUCCUCCUCGGACACGUUGGCGCCACUGCCGUCAUCAUCAUCGUCAUCGUCGUCAGCAACAGCAACAGCAACAGCAUCGUCCAACGGAGGUGUUGGCGCCGAUGCUGACGCUAACGCUGGCGGGGACCGACGCGCGCGGCUGAGCUGGCAGGACGAGUUGCGGCAGAACCAGCUCAAGCAGCUGAGCGAGCGCAGGGCGCAGGAGGAGGCGGCGGCGGCGCGGCGAAGGAAGCAGGAGGACGCAAAGUCCGCCCGCCGCGCUCGGAAGGAGGAAAAACUUCUGGAGCUCCGUCGGGAGAUGGAGCAGGUGCUUGCGAAGCCUGCCCGCGGCAUCCUCAAGCCCCCAAACAGCGCAAAGAACACGCGUCGCAUCAGCUGGUCUGAUGCUCAGGGCGAGGGCCUGACCAAGAUGAAGGAGAUCCCAGCCGACUCUUACGACAGCUACGAGAGCUCAGAUGAAGAGGACGAAGUCGAGCAUGCGUCGCUCUCGCUCCCUGUACACUAUCAGGUGCAGUCUCGGCACGUACAGCGAGCGCCGGCCGCGCCCGUCAUGAACAUUCGCCCGGCAGAGGAUGAUCCCCGCGCGUCGUUCUCGAGCAUGGACGACAACGUCGCCACCCUCCUCUGGUAGCAUCCACACGUCAUCUCGUUUCGUAAACACACACACGCACUGACGCGUGUGUAGUUUUGCGUUGCUUGUGUCGUGUCGUGUUGUGUGUGUGUGUGUACGCUUGUGCUCUCUCUCUCUCUCUGUGUGGAUGUGUGUGUACGCUUGUGCCUCUGCAACCCCCCCCCAUGUUACGUCGUGGCUUCGUGGGUGUUGUCUUGUGGAAGGGUUGUGCACUCUUCACUUGUCUUUCCUUUCUUUCGUCACGGCACAUCUCUGUGCGCGCGCGCGUGUGUGUGCUUGCUUGAAAUUACGUGUUGUGUUUUGUUUGCGUUCACAGUGUAGGCUUUCCCAUUCAUUCGUUGGUGCCAGUACAACCAACCAGCACAA